CUUUUGUGUUGUUAUUUCGUAGCGAUAUUCGGGAUAUAAGAGGGACAUUCCAUGUGAUAUAUAUUUUUAUUAUAAUAGGCUAUCUAUAAUGGAUAAACAUAUGACAGAAAAUUUAGAAAAUGAAUGCAACAGCUUACCAUCUUCAGAUGAGAAAGAAGAUUCUUUGGUUGUUUCAUUGCAAUCACUGCGUUCAACAGUUGAACAUGAAUUAAAUGAAAUUGAUAAAAAUCGAGAAAUUGAUAAGAAAAAAAUGGAUCAAUUCAUAAUGAACCUAAUUACUUUUAUUCUUAAACAGAAAAUGUCUAUUACAAAUGAGAUUAAUGAAUUCUAUGCCGAGAAGAAAGCAACUCUACAACAAGCAAUAUCUGAUACAAAACUUUUGCACGAAUUACAAAUAAGUUCAACAAACGCUAUAAUUCAAAGGAAUUUAUUAAAUUUAACUAAAGAAUUCCUCUAUUCGACGAAAUUAUUCUUUAAAAAGUAUACAAUUUUUGAAAAAUCUCUACUAACUAUUGAUAAAAAUAUUGGAGAUAUCAUUGAAACCGCUUACGAGAAACCUAUUAAAGAACAUUCAAUAAGAUUGAAAGAGCAACCUAGUAAGGUUAUCCUUACUAAUAAAGGUUUUAUUGCACUUAAUCGCUGUAAUGAAAUUAUCAAUUUAGAGACACAAAUUUCGUUGGUUUCAGAGAAUAGAGAUAUUCUAGAUAUAUCUACAACUUCUGAUGGUAAUUUAGCUUAUCUUAAACAUUUAAACGAUAGAUUCUACUGCUAUAUUCACAAUUUGGAAAAUAACGAAUCAAAUGAAAUAUGCUUACCCAUAUUAGAACUGAUACCAUCAACAGUAAUGUUUGCAGUUUUUAAAGGCUAUGUUUUUAUUAGCAGUCAUAGUUCAUCUGUAAUAUACCGUUUUGAGAUAUCGUCAUCUAUGCUAACAUCUAUUGAAACUCAAGGAACAAUGCACUCUCACAAAGUCUUUAUGGACGGUUGGUGCAUGGCAUCAGCUUUUAAAGCAAGAUAUUUUGAUUUCAACGAACAGCUUCAUUACGAUUUUGAUAUAAAAUACGUAAAGAAGAGUAAAUUUUCUCUCUACGAAGAUAUAAUACAAAAGAUUAACAAAGGUAUAAAGAUUUUCACCGACGAUGGAUUCAUUUAUUUGAUAAAUUCCGAGUCGAAAUUGGCAGAUGCAAUAGAAGAAGAUAAAAUAUUCAAUGGAAAAACACUUAGAGAAUAUAAAAUAACAAAUGAAGAAUUAAUAUUCUGUUUAUCAAAUCGUGGUGAUACGAUAAAAGUUACAAUUCAAUAUUAUCCAAUAAUAUAA